AUGGGAGUUUUAGGACUUUGGAAGUUAAUCGAUCAGUCUGGUAAGCCGGUACCGUUAGAUACCUUGGAGAACAAAGUGUUGGCUGUAGAUAUAUCGAUUUGGUUGCAUCAAGUGAUAAAAGGGUUCCAGGAUUCGAAAGGUAGCGCAUUACCAAAUGCUCACGUGCUUGGUUUAUUUCAUCGUUUAUGUAAACUGAUGUACUACCGCAUCAAACCCAUCUUCGUAUUCGAUGGUGGUGUUCCAAUCUUGAAGAAACAAACUAUUGCUAAGCGUCAUCAGAGCAAAAAUAACUACCAGAAUGAAGCUGAUCGUAUACAGCAGUUAUUGCUUGAAACGCUGGCGAAGGAAAAAGUUGUCCAGCAAGCACUGGGAUCGGCAACAAACAUUCUCAUAUCACCUUCAAAGAAAGCAAUUACCAGUGGUGGUCCAAGCACUAGCAAGCAACCUGACCGGGAGGAGGAUCCUGAUGCGAUAUUCAAACUGCCACCGCUGAAAGCACCCGAAGAACCGAUCGACUUGGAUCGUAGCGAUAGUUCGAUGGAUGAAAAGUCAUCCCGGCACUAUUAUCAUCUGAACUUGAACGCAAUCGAUGUGACCAGUGUCUACUUUAAAAAUUUACCGGCCGAUGUAAGGCACGAGAUUCUGAACGACAUCAAGGAAACUCGCAAACAGUCUUCUUGGGGCAGGCUUCACGAGCUACCAGUUGAAAGUGAUUCGUUUUCGUCAUUCCAAAUGAAACGCUUGCUCAAGAGACGCCAGGUGCAGGUGGAGCUCGAGGAAGCCGAGAAGGAAAUGGGUGGCAAGUGUCUCUCACUGGCCGAGCUGGAAUCUUUGCUGACCGAGGAAGGCGUAGAAACAUCUUCGAACAGAGCCGCACAACAGAUCGCUUCGGAUGAAAAUACCCGUUUCUUGCUGGUGCGCGACGUUCAAAAAGCCAUCGAGAAAGCAAAAGCACGAGAAGAAGCAGAAAAGCUAGCACCGAAGGCACCGAAAUUGCCAAAACUUUCCAAAGAGGAAUUGGCGAAUCAAAUGCCCACAGACGAAGAUGACAAAGAGAUGGAUGAAGAGCUACAGUUGGCGAUUAAAAUGUCGUUAAUGCAGGAUGAAAAUCCUAACGCUGUAAUUGAGCUGGACGAAGAUGAGUUGCGUAUGUCGAGGAAACAAAAACAAGCACUGGGAAAUGCUGCACAAAGCUUAGCGCGUGGUUUUAUGCUCGAGUAUGGUGGGAUGACUAAUGAAGAGUUUAACGAACUGUUGCAUCAAACACAAGAUGUCGAUGGAGGGGACAUUAAUGAUUCGAUGUCGCAAAUGUUUGUAAAUAAUGGAGAUUCCAUUGUAAAACAAACCUCGGAAACUGUGUAUGAAGUAGAAGACGAGGUUGAAAAGAUAGCGGACGAGAAAGAGGCUCCAGAGAAGAUAACCAGCGAACCUGACACAGAAUCCGAUUCGGACUUUGUCGAUGUGCCGGAGGAUAAUCUGAACGAUUCGAUAGAAGGCAUUUCACUGCCGUUGAACAGCACCAAUCAUUUCAAACCGCACUACAAGCCAAUCGUUGAUUUUACGCUCGAUGAUUUGAAACAGCUAUCUGAAGCGGGUCCAUCGAAAAAGAAGGAAGUCGUGGAAGUGAUCAUUAAGCAAGAAGAAAUAGGAGUGUGCGAUAAGGAUGAUAUAUUUGCUGAUAUUUUUACAGCGAAACAAGAAAAUUUUUCCACGCAGAACCAACCCACUCAACCGAUGAUCAGUAUACCUAAGCUACAGGUGAACGAUCUUUUGCAAGAAAAACAUAGUUCGGAAAGCAUCAAACAACCGAAUGUAGAAGAAACAGAAACGAAAGCGUUUUUGGGUUUAAAGAUAAAGAAAGUAGAUGAUAUAAAUGCGCAGCUAAAGGAAGAACUAGAAAAUCUAAAGAAAGGUCCUUCUGUAUUAGAUUUGGAUGAUAUUGCUAAAACGUCACUCUUGUCCCAACCUGAUCCAGUUCCGCCUAGUACAGAUUUGAUAAGUAUCAAUGAAACACUCAAACAACAGCUAGAGGAAUUGAAAUCGAUUGCAAAUGCUUUUAAAUUGGAUGAAAUUAAACUGGAUAGUGUGGUGGAUCUCGUCGACGAGCCCCAAGCACGCAACGACGAUGAAGAUGCCGAUAGUGAUGCGACAAUUAUUUAUGAUGCUGAUUCUAGCAUCUCAAAAACUCCCACUAAGCAGAUUGUGUCGGAAGAUGAAUCAAAACCUUCACCGAAAGCUGAGGAAGGUGCUACGGUAAUUGAAAUUCCGGACAGUCCUGCUAAAAAGGGAACUUUGGAACAUUUAAUUCUUUCACGCACACCCGGAAAAGAUUCACAAAAAUCGAGCGAAUCGGAAGAAUUGGUGCCACACGUAACAAAACCAUUCUUCGUCAAUAAAACACCUCCUUCGGCGAAGAAAUCAAACCAGGAAGCUCUAACAGAAAAGCACACUGCUCCAGCGAAAACUGUUUCGAAGGAGUUGUUCCCCGAACCCGAGCCAGUACCUUCAACUAGUAAACAGAAGCCACCACCGGAUCCGAAACCUGUCAGUGCGGAAAACCUCAUCACCGAAAUGGCGGAUACACUGAAGGAAUCUCACACACCGCUCGAGCUGAAACGGAUGGCGCUAAAUCUGGCACAAACGGAACGUGAGCUGGAACGUGAAAAGAACAAACAGUCGCGCUUGGGCGUAUCGAUUACCGACCAGAUGCGUAACGAUUGUAUGGAACUGUUGCAGCUUUUCGGGGUACCAUACAUAGUGGCGCCCAUGGAGGCGGAAGCACAGUGUGCGUUUUUGAAUCAGAUCGAUUUGACGGACGGUACGAUUACGGACGACAGCGAUAUCUGGCUGUUCGGUGGAAAGAAAGUGUACAAAAACUUCUUCAACCAGCAGAAGCUGGUACUUGAGUUUACAAUCGAUGGUAUCGAGCAGAUGUUUCACAUGGAUCGCAAAAAGCUGAUCCAGCUGGCGUUGCUAGUGGGUAGCGAUUAUACGACGGGCAUUCAUGGUAUCGGUGCAGUGACGGCACUGGAAAUUUUAGCUUCAUUUCCACCGACACCGGAACAAGCAGGAGAAACAUCCGAGAUGAUGUCGAUGUUGUCGGGAUUGCGAAAGUUUCGUGAUUGGUGGCAACAUGGUAGGACGGGAGCGUCCGGCACUAGGAUGGCAUUGAAAUCGAAGCUUAAAAACAUCGACAUCGGUGAUGGAUUUCCGAGCACGGGUGUUGUCGAUGCGUAUCUUCGUCCAACGGUUGACUUUAGCGAGGAAGAAUUCACCUGGGGUUAUCCGGAUGCGGAACGAUUACGUGAUUAUGCGCGUCAAAAGUUCGGCUGGGCACAAACGAAAACGAACGACAUACUGUUGCCGGUGCUGAAACGCUUGGAUGAGCGCAAAUCGCAAGCAUCGAUAAAGAACUACUUUAAGGUGCAGAGUGCCAUCGGUCAAAGCAGGUUGAAGGUUAGCAAACGAGUGCAACAUGCCGUCGACACGAUGGCGGGCAAGAUCGAUCCAAAUGAGGAGCCGAAGUCGAAGAAGAAAAGUCCAGCGAAACCAAAACAACCGGGAGGUCGGAAACGGAAGCAACCUGUCGGGAAGGGCACGAUCGAAACAAUAGAACUCGAUUUGAUCGAGGAAGAAAACGAGAACGGAGAUGAAGAAGGGGGUAAUGUACAGGAUGGUGCAGAGGAUAAUAAUUUUUUUAAAGCAACAAAAACAACGAAAAAACGUGUCCCUACUAGUAAACAAGCAACGGAUGGCGCAGGAACGUCAGCAAAGCCAAAACGUGGUCGUAAAAAAGCGUCAGAAACGGUCUCGACUGAUGCCAAACAGCAGUCCGAUGCGGAACCAUCUUCCUCCCAACGACCCACACACUCGUUGGCAAAUAUUGGUGGAAUCAUUGCCAACAUUAACCAUCAAUCGGCCGGCAGUAUGGAACCGGCGAUAGACAACUCGUUGGAAGCACGAAGAAAGCGAAUAGGAAACAAAAUGCCGGACUUUAAUCCGGCCAUACCACAACGGGUGAAGGACGAGCAGGAGAUGGUGGAACGAAAGCGACGGGCGGCCGAAUUGUUUAAAAAGCUGAAAGCUAAUGAUAAGCAGUAGGAAGCAGUUUCGUACACAAAAAGAUACAAUUUAAAACUGUUUUGCUUAAGUUAGAUUUAAGGAAUGUUUUAAUCUUUUAAAUAAAUUCAUACAUUUGAAGCUCUAAA